CUUUUUCCAAUAUGGCUACCGCGAGGCGAGCUUUUGUUCGUUUACGAACGACAUUUUAUUGUGUUUUCUUUAUGUUCCUUGCGUUGAACGGUGCGUUGGUUUUAGGAGAGAGUGAGGAGAUUACUGAAGAUAAUUGGGAUAUAGUUCUUCAAGGACAUUGGAUGAUAAAAUUGUGAGUUUGAAGGGUGACGCGAUUGCCUCAUUUGGCUAUAAACCGCCAGACCCUCAGCUGGCUAGCAGUCUGGAGAUCAAAGGUUCAAGCCCUGUGUGAGACUCCCUUUUUUUCGGGGAUUGAAUUUGUAGCCAAAUGAAGCAACUACAAAAUCAAACCCCUCAUUCUCGAAUCACUCGAUAAUGUCUUGUAUCUCUAGAUGAGAAAGGGACAAGCAAAUGAUCUUCAGCCUUGCCCAAGGAUCCGUCAAACUCGACUAUCCAGCACUAUGGAAGUUUCAGAAAAAUUUCUGAACAGUUUUUGUUGGUGGAGAUUUAGACCCGACCAGCCGCAAAACAAUGAAAAAAGGCGCAAAGACCAUCACACAGCAGCCGAGGUUUAGCCACAAAUGAUGCAGCUGCAGUUCUGAUUUUAUAUAUAAGAAUACUUGCUGUUUUGCUUGUUGGAUGUUAAAUGAUGAAAUGUGCAUGAUCAACCAUGUGUGAAACGUCAACUGACAAAACAUACAUGCGAAAACAGAUUCAAUGUCCCACAAGCACGGCAGCUUUUCUCAAAGAAAACCACAGUCAUGAUAAGUCAGUCACAUACCUCGGGAUACAUUGUUUUUCCAUAAAACAUGUGCAUCCCUCGAUUGCAAUAUAAAACAUUUCCUCACAGGGCUAACAUAAUGAUUCUCGUAUUUCAGUUAUGCACCGUGGUGUCCUGCAUGUAAAAACCUCAGACCGACAUGGGAUAAAUUUGCUGUGCAAGCAGAGACGCUAAAUGUCCAAGUUGCGGAGGUCGAUGUCACUAAAAGCACAGGUUGUGUGUUGUUUCUAGCCUCAUAUUUGAAAACAUUAAUGACCAAAACUCUCCCUUAAUGGGCACGAUAAUCUUGUAUUAGAUUGAGAGUAGUAUUCUCUGGGAUAUACUACAUUAGUGAGGUUUAGACUUUCCGUCCGUUGAUAUGUCUGAUCAACCAUCAGAUGUGUUUGAUAUAUCUGAUCAACCAAUCAGAUGUGUUUGAUAUAUCUGAUCAACCAAUCAGAUGUGUUUGAUAUAUCUGAUCAACCAAUCAGAUGUUUGAUAUAUCUGAUCAACCAAUCAGAUGUGUUUGAUAUAUCCGAUCAACCAAUCAGAUGUUUACUAAGCCAGUGAGAGGUAGUGGUAGUGGAAGUCAAUUUUGAACCUCUCUAUUGUUAGUAUGGCAGAGUAAAAUGGGUUAACUUUAUUUGAAUUAUGUUGUAUGAAUUAAAUAAUGGAAAGAGAAUGUCAACAUCAAUAGAAAGUGCAAAUUAAUUCUAAUUUAUUUUCUUCUCAAUACAGCACUGAGCGGACGUUUUGGGAUUGUGUCGCUGCCAACAAUUUAUCAGUAAGUCACAAUUAUGCAUUUCCUGCAUAAAAAAAUGUAAAAAUGUGCAGAAGAUUAUUGAAUCUGAUUGAACAAAUUUCAUGUAGUGCCAUGCAUGGAGAGUUUCGUUUGUACAAAGAAAAAAGAAAGUUGGAUGAUUUAGUGGAGUUUAUUGAACAAAAGAAAUGGGAGAACGUUGAACCUGUUCCAUCGUGGAAAUCCCCAGGUUCAUUCUUGUAAGUUGUUUGCCUGCUUCUUAUUUAAGAAUACAUUCACCAUCGAAUAGCCAGUGUUUUAUUUCCAAUCUUUGUAAUUUUAUAGAAUGUCUGGUUUGGGUAUGGUCUUCAAAGCAUCAGUCGUUUUUAAGGUGAUGGACUAACACUUUGUCAGUUCCCAGAUGGACUAACACUUAGUCUGUCAGUUCCCAAACAUUUCUUACAAAUCGUACUGUGUUCACAGAAACUUUGAUGGUGUGCAAUAUUUUCUCUUGUGCGCACUGCACAUUUCAUUGAGCUUGAAUAUUCAGUCUAAGCUAAGUUUUAUUUAUUUCUUAUUCAGAAUAUCCACACAGUAUUAACAGAAAGCUAUGGCCUUCCAGCUUGGGGUUCUUAUGUUCUAUUUGGUGUUGCAACUGUUCUUGCUGGGCUAAUACUAGGAAUGGUUUGUAUUCCUUUUCUUUGCAGCGAAAUAAUCACCACGUGGUUUAUGCACGUGUUUACACAAAACCGAUGAUCCUUCUGGAAAAAAUUUGCGCAAAGAUAAUUCGCCUGUGUAUAUAAAUGCUACUAACUAUUGACAAAGGGCCUUGCUUUAGGAAACGUGGCAAAAGUUUAUAUUUUUGCUCAGUUAGAUUGGCUGGCUGACAUAUUCAUUUCCACAAGAGCCUAUAAAAUCAGUCUGAUUUACGACAUAUCUGCGUAAUUCAGACACCCAAACACAGAUUUACUUGGGUGGACUGUUCACGGAUAAUCUGUCGUUGUGUUUAAAUUCCGCGUUUAUAGAUGAACGAUCAGAAAAAUAUCAAGCAUGAUUUUUUUUCCACAAUCGUCGCAUAAAUACAUCGUGCUAUUCAGCAAUAGUUUGUCAGUCGGAUGAUGCGUCCUGAUGAUAAAUCGAGCAAUAACGUUUCUUAUAUUCCGCGAUAAAAAAUUUGUCUGCAGUCAUUUUAAUUAUACAGUUAAUUAAAAGGCAUAUUUUCCUCCCCUGUAGGUUCUAGUGUUCUUGUCAGAUUUUCUACUUGGUGUGGUAUCACCCUCUUCACCUCAACCUUCCGGCGACACAAGUGAAUCUGGGGAUGCGGAUGACGAAGCUGGUGCAGAUGAUAUGAAACCGGAGCUGAAUGAGGAGACGACCUCACAAGAUGAUGCUGUUGAAAACGUAUCGCAGGAUAACGCCAGUGUUCGAAAGAGAACUAAGGUAAAAGAGCAAUGGAGGUUUCAUAAAGUCGUGGCUGUAGUCACUUAUUAAAUGCCCUUUGCUGAUCAUCACAAAUAAGUCAAAACAAUGAGUGUUAAGAUGGCAUGAAGAACAGUGGGAUUCUCAAAACAAUGAAAAGCCUGAAAAGACAAUGGAACAUUCUGAUCACCGGAUUAUGACUGGAUGGCAUGGAGAACAGUGGGAUUUUCAAAACAAUGAAAAGACAAUGGAGCAUUCCGAUCACUGAAUGGUGAUUGAAGUGCCUAUAUCUGUGGUGUUUUAACGUUUAGUCUAAUUUAAAAUAUUUUAUUAUUAGAAACUAAAAGCGACAAUGGAGUAAACAUGUAAAUCCAUCUUCACGUCAAGAUUUCGCAAACACAACAAAAGAUCAAGAAAUUCCACCGGGAUUAAGUCUAGGUAGCACGUAGUCAUAAAGUAGUGUACUUUUAAUUAAAGUGUUUAAUUAAAUAUUUUAUUUCAAAAAUGUUUCUCUAA